UAGGAUAGGGGAUUUCCAAUAUUUUCAUCUUUGCUGGGUUCCAAAAUAUAACAUGUCAGAAUUAGAUUAUCUAAAUGAACCACAGUGCAUGAAACACGGUCCCAGAUGGCGAGCAAGAUUUCAGCAAUUAAUGAACAUCUUAAGGACUAAAUUCACAAAGCAAUAUUUCUAUAAAGUAGGCGAGGCCGUCUGUACAUGCGGCCCAGACGAUGAUAUUUUCAGGUUUUUGCCGGAAAAAGUACAAGAAAAACGUACAAGAAAAUCGAAAGAUACAAGGUGGGCAGAACUAAUAACUGAUGAAGUAGCAGAUGAAUGUUAUAAAUAUUUUGACAAUUAUAUUGAAACAAACUUUGACAAAACAAAAGAUGAAUAUGGACAUCUAAAAAAUAUAUUACAUGUUUUGAAGGAACGUGGACAAUUUUCAAGUAGACUUAACAGUGCUAAUAGGUUUCUAUAUGUUUUCUACAAGUUUGAUAAAGAUAAAGAUACGUCCUUAUUAAAUCCACCCCCAGAACCUCCUAAAAAAGAGGAGGCCAAAGAAGGUGUUAAAGAAGAGCCCAUGACUCCUGCUGUACCAUUGGAGAAAUUAGAUAUGCACUUAAAAUCUUUAAGGCCAGAAGAUGUAGGGAAUUUCAUAGGAAAGAAGGGAAUCCAUAUAAGGCGACUUCUGAAAGAAAAACAAGGAAGUAAGAUAACAAUGGGAAAAGAAGAGGGUCAUGUAAAGAUUGAGAUAGAAGCUACAAAAGAAGACUUACAGGAAAUAAAGGAUAGACUUUUACAGAGAGAAGCCCUGGUCAAUCAGGCGAGACGACAGCAUGAAGAAUCAGUUAGACAGUAUAAUGAGAUGAUGGGUGAACCAUCAUCAAUGGACUAUCAGUCAGCCGAAGAAAGCAUGGAUCAGUAAAUAAGGGAUUUUAAAACAGGAAACUCAGCCCCUGUUCAGUAUAAACAUAUACUGUGAGAAAACUGAACAGGUUUGUUAGAGGAUACGGAAUUUGAUGAAGUGAUGAAGAUGAACUGUUUAUUUAGAGAAUUUUAAAUGUGUAUAUAGGUAAAUGGUGGACAUUUUAUUUGCAGUAUAAUAAAAAAUAAACCACUUGC